AUGACAGAUCCGGUUCUUCUCGGUCAUGAUAUCUCGGUACAAACUCAAACGACGAUAUUCAAUAGCAUCCUGGUCAUCAGUCUGGUUCUUCUGACAGCUGUGCUGCUACCUGCAUUGAUCUCGAAACAUAUAUAUCGCAUGCGGAUAUGGUAUGCGUUGAUAUGCUCAGCGAUAGUGUAUUGCGUAUCGUUUUUCCUUCUCGUUGGGUACCAAAUAGGCCCUGAAGAACCGCCGUUCGGUCUGUGUGUAGCUCAGACGGUGAUGGUUUAUGCAGCACCUGUUUUAAUCGUCUCGUAUGCGUUAUCCUUCUCAAUGGAGUUACUCCUUAGAAUAUGGGCUUAUUCGCGGGGAGAGGAAAUAAAACCUAGUACACAUAUAGCUCUAUUAAUGUUCCCUCUUUUUGUAUAUAUCGUGAUUAUUAUUGAAGGCUUGGUGCUGGCACUUACGAACAAGAACGAAGUUGAACGAGAUCCGACGAUGUUUUACUGUCAUCUACACUCGAGUACACCUGCCCUGAUUAGCGCAGUUGUCAUUACCAUUGAAGCUGGACUGAUGAUCAUUCUCGAAGCGAUCACGGGAAUACUACUCUAUCAGCGUAAGACGCAGCUGGGCAACUCAGUGACUGCGUCUAACACUCCCUUUCCAAUCGGCCUUUUUGUAAGGAAGAUUAUCUACACUAUGAACAUCGGAUUCGCAUUAGGGCUGUACGCAUUUAUCUUGGCUAAUCCGAACAAGUCGAGUGCGAAAUGGUCUUUACUUCUGACAGGACCACCUCUGGUAACUGCAUUGAUAUUUGGACCUCACCAUGACAUAACCCGAUUCUGGUUUUGUCGACGACCGAAUACAACGGAAAGCAGCGGCUCCGUUAGCGAAUCUGGCCAUGGCUUGAUACAUGACUCCAAGUUUGACGAAAUGCGCGGCAAAAUUCCCAGUCCUUUGCCGCUAUACGAACCCACGAUGAGAAUAGACUUGUAA